GGUAUAUAUACAUAAGUAUAUGGACAUAAUUGAAUUCUCAGCAUCAGUAUAUCGACAUCUCGGUAAUCGUGCAAAAUGCGGCGCUGUGCCGCAAUACUGUGCUUCUUCCUGAUCGCGGCUCAAACAUCUUUCGCAGAGAUAUGCGAACCCAUUGACUCAACCGACUUGAACCUUUUACCCGCCGAGUUCGCAGUGGGCGCAGAAAGCUUUCCGGUGCCAAAUUUGGAAAUAAAUGAUUGCACGGCGGCUGGAUUUCGGGAUACUUUGACACAAGCAGUCGUAAUUUACGGCCGGUCUUUAGUAACUAAUGUUUACGAACAGGCGAAAAUUCAGGGUAAGGUUCUAAUAGACGAUAUUAACGAGCUCGCUAACGAAUGGCAGUCGUCGAUUCAAAUGAUGCGCACGAAUCAGGGUGUCGAGGAAGUCUGUGAAAUCGAAGACGUCAUGAAUCAGAUUGCGAUGCAGUUUCAAGAAUUCUUAUCACUGUCACCUGGACCUGGAAUUCCCGUGCAACCGCCGCUGCCGCCCUUGCCGAUACCAAAUGUACAGCUGAAUCCUGUAGUGCGUCCAUUGUCGCCCCAAAGCCUGUUCGUGAAUUACAACGCCACGUUGUACGAGAUUUCCUCGAACAUCUACGCGUACAUGGAUUUGAUAUUGUUGACGGGGUGGAAUACUGCAUGGUCCUAUUACGAUAUCUUCGGAAUGCAAAGUCGCAAUGAGAUCCUGAAUGACAAGGUAUUAGAGGUUUACAGACGAGUCGCAUUGCAAAUCAAUAUGGAAUGCGAUUUCAUUAAGGAUAAAGUCAACCCGGCCCUUUGGGAAUCUUACAAGCUUGCUGCUGAUCGCAUAGAGGCGGAAUGGAACGCUUACCAAGUCUACAAAAGUCAAGUAGCAUGCGUAGCAGUCCUGUGAAGUACGUUGAAGGAUAAACUUGGUUCUGUCUGCGUUGAUAAGAACAUUGUUAAACACAAUCAGCAUAUGACUAA